GUGGCUCAUUACAUUAUCUGGCAACCGGAGUGGCAGCGGACAGAAGAGAGGGGAUCCCCGGGAUUUUUACACUGAAGCCAGCUAAAUACUAACAUCAAACAUCUGAAAAUUGCGGGGGGAACUCGGUCAAGCUCCUCCUAGACUUCGCCCUAUUAUUCUGAGGGAAACAAGAGGGACAUGCAUCUACUCCUCCUCCAUGGUCUCCUGAGAGGAACAGGCACAGAUCACUAAUCACUGGCUGCCUUCUCCCACUCUCUUUCUCAUCCUCUCGCCAUUUUCGUUGCUGUUGUAGGGUGAGAGCAGCCAUGUCAGAGGAGGCAGUGCGUCAAACGCGCAGCCAAAAGCGGGCUCUGGAGAAGGACCAUGCCGCUCCUGCGGAGCCCCUGGAGGACGUGGACAAUAAACGAGUUAAGCUGGAGAAAGGUGACGCCGCGGGGGCUCCCCUUGCCCUGGUGGGAUCUGGAGCGGACGGCGUCAAGCUGAAGAGCGAGCAGGCCGCAAAGGUAGCAGCCAGCAUCCUAAAAGCUGGGGAAGUGAAGGCCACUAUCAAGGUGGAGGUGCAGACCGGAGACGAGCCCGUUGAUAUGAGCACAUCCAAAAGUGACAUUAAGAAUGAGCGGCAGCCACCAUCGCCAGACGAUGUGAUUGUGUUGUCGGACAACGAGCCAGCCAGCCCUCUCAUGAAUGGUCACUGCUUCACGCAGACUGACACGGAUAAACUAAUGAAGAGUUCUCCUGAGGAGAGGGAGCGCAUCAUCAAACAGCUGAAGGAGGAACUGAGACUCCAGGAGGCCAAGCUGGUGCUGCUUAAGAAACUACGACAGAGCCAGAUUCAGAAGGAGAGCACCGUGCAGAAGGCGACUGGCUCUGUAGCCACUCCUCCUCCUCUGGUGAGAGGUAGCGUCACAUCAAGCAAAGGACCCCUCCAGGUGACAGGUCGAAGCUCAGGCACUGUGAUCCCUCCUCCUUUGGUGCGGGGUGGGCAACACAUGCCGUCCAAACACAACUCUCAGAUUGUCAUGCCACCCCUGGUCAGAGGGGCCCAGCCUAUCGCAGUGACUCCCCAGCAGAUAGCCAGUCUACGCCAGCAUCAGCAUCAGCACAGCGGUUCAGGCCCCCCUCCGCUCUUGCUGGCUCCCAGGGCUUCUGUGCCCAAUGUCCAGGUCCAGGGCCAGAGGAUCAUUCAGCAGGGACUCAUUCGGGUGGCUAAUGUGGCCAACAGUAAUGUCAUGGUCAACAUCCCUCAGGCCUCUCCCACCAGCCUAAAAGGCUCUUCAGUGUCACCCAACUCUAGCAUCAAUGACUCCCCAGCCAGCCGACAGGCGGCUGCCAAGCUGGCACUACGCAAGCAGCUGGAGAAGACGCUGCUGGAGAUCCCUCCGCCUAAACCGCCGGCCCCCGAGUUCAACUUCCUGCCAUCAGCGGCCAAUAAUGAGUUCAUCUACUUGUUGGGGCUGGAGGAGGUGGUGCAAAAACUUCUGGAGAUGCACGGCAGAGGUAAUCUGGGCCCAGCUGCUGCCAUUGCCAGCUCCAUUCCCAAAGAGCCAUACACCUGCGCCCAGUGUAAGACCGACUUCACCUCCCGCUGGAGAAAGGAGAAGGUUGGGACCAUCCUCUGUGACCAAUGCAUGUCGUCCAAUCAGAAGAAGGCCCUGAAGGCUGAGCACACCAGUCGGCUGAAGGCAGCCUUUGUUAAGGCACUCCAACAGGAGCAGGAGAUUGAGCAGCGUAUCCUCCAGCAGGCGACUUCCUCUUCCUCGGUCUCUAAAACCACCUCCUCUCCUUCAAUGUCCAAGAGUGAGGUGCUGGUGUCCCAGCAGUACAAGCAUGUCAGGGCUGCGAUGCAGCACCGAUCUGUGUCUGCCCACCACUCCAUUAAGCAGGGUCACCUGUCCCACGGCAUCCAGUCGAUGAGCUCUCGUGGCGUGACCCACUCAUUCACCUCCUCCUCUCAGCUGCAGAGCGCGAUGGCGGCGGCGGCGCUGGGCAACAGGGCAGGUAAGCAUGCUGCAGCGCGCCCGCUGCAGCAUGGGGCAAAGGUCAGCGCCGGCAGCAGUAACCAGGGCAACGUGUCUGCCUGGAGGAAGCAGAGCGGCGGCAACACAGGUGUGACUAUGGCCUACGUGAACCCCAGCUUGUCUGCCCAUAAGACCACCUCUGCUGUCGAGCGUCAGCGAGAGUACCUGCUGGACAUGAUUCCCUCCCGUUCUAUCUCCCAAGCAGCCAACACAUGGAAAUAAUGCAAUCUUACAUCCCUACUGACAUCACAACUAUUACCCCUCUUAAUAUCAAUAACAGCCAUUUUCACGAUCAUUCUAAUCCUUUCUAUGGACUCUGCCUCUGGCCAAAAUGGUGCCGGAGAGAAUCAGCCUAGUUUCUUUUUUUUUUUUUUUUUUUUUUUUGUCGGACAGAGGUGUUCUUCAGCUCCUCCUCAGAUAUUUCUGCUACCAUCUUCCUUACCUGAAUCCUUCAACCCAAAGUGGUUGUUGUGCUGCGACAGCUUGGGCUUCUGAGAUACAAGGAAUAUGUCAAAUUGAAUUUGGGUACCCUUUUUUUGAGGGCUGGGGUUGACAUGGGCAUGUACAAUUUUACAAACUUCCCCAGCGAUGUUGCCUCUCCCUCCCCUGUAUAUUGGUUGAACCUCUCUGUUGCACCAAGAGGAAUAAUUCCCGAGCUCGCCUGCCUCUGGAUUAGGCUGGGGAAAAAAAAAAAAAAUAAAAAAUAAAUCACUAUUAGACACGUUGAAAUCUUCGCCUUACGUCCUAGCCCUCUCCAGUCUGAGCCAGUCAGACUUCCGGCCCACGUGGUGGCCCAACAGGACUUAACCGAAGACCUCGCCACAGGGACUGCGGUUGAAGCUAGAGGACCAUCCAUGAAAUAAUAACUGCUUCGGCUUUGCAAAAAUGAUUUAAAAUCAACAACAAAAAAAGGACUAAAAAUGAUCUGUCUGCACACAGACUUCCUCUUCUCUCUAACCCACAGCGAGUAUAGUAGGGAAGUUGAUGUGUGUUGGAUUGUUUUGUAUGACUGAAUGUUAGGAUUUUGUCUUUUCAUCUGUAAGUCAUAUACUGUGUUUGGAAUAUUGUGCUCCCUGAUACUUUGGAAGAGGUCUGAAUUUACAGACUAAUGUUACUGUUGAGGUGGUUUUACAUCUGCUGGGUUCCGUGUCGUGGCCUACUUUUAAAUACUUUGUUUUUUCUAAGAUGAAGAAUGAAGAUUAAGGUUUCACUAACUCGUGUAAAGACAUGGAGCGUACAUUUGGAGGACUAUUCGUAUUGAAUAUUGUGUAAAAAAAAAAAAAAAGGAGAAAAAAAAAAAAAAAAGAACUUCCAAAGAACUAGUGGAGCCCAAAUGGUAUCCCUUCUGCUAGAAGGUGUCUAGUUUAUUUGAACCCUCUCUGGAUAUAAACAUGAAUUCAUGCUAGACUGAGGGGGUGUAAGAAAUGUCAUAUUUUUGACAUUGUUUUGCUUUUAGUCAUAGGUUGUGGUGCAUUAUUUUUCUUCUGUAGACAAACUGUCUCUGGGUUUAUUUAUAGGGUUAUGUUAGUAAAGAUAUAUGCUUAUGCCCUAAGUUUGAAUGGAACUCCACUUAAAAUGAUUUUUUUUUUUUUUCUCUCGCGUCCAGUGGCUCCCACUCAUCUUACGAUUGGUCUUAGAGAAGCUGGACAGCUUUCAGAAUGUAGUUAUGCAAAAACCCCUAUAGCAACAAAUGACAUGAACUUCUUAGUCUUUAACAUUUAAGGUGUGUAUGAUUUAUGUGGGGUCCUUGAAUUGAGCUAACUAUGCCUUUUCACAUGAGCUAUAGUGCAUUUUUUAUCAGGUUGCAGCAGCACAGGAUAAGCUAGUAAAGUACAGUAUGUCCUACAUUAAACAAGGAGAUUCCCAUAUUG